CUAGGACGUAUGGUGGCCAGACGGGAGGUCUUAGGGGCCCGCGAGCAGGCUCGGAAUAAAACAGGGCUGGCAGGGCGAGGUGGAGACACUCGAGAAGGACCGGCCAUAUAUCGAAGUUCUUAGGAGGGCGCCCGAGCCUCCACCGAGACGCAGAACUACAACCACCACAAUCCCCAGCGCCUGCGGUUGCGGCGUUGCCUCGUUCUAGACCCGCGGCGGCGCUGCGCGGGGACCGACGUGGGGUCACGUGACGCCGGCGAGUCAGGUGACACUGCGGGGCGGGCGGACAGACUGCGGGGCGGACGGUGGACGCUGGGACGCGUUUGUAGCUCCGGCCCCACCGUUCCGACCCCCGGACCCCCGCCGUCGUCGCCGCCAUGACGGGGCUAGCGCUGCUCUACUCCGGAGUCUUCGUGGCCUUCUGGGCCUGCGCGCUGGUUGUGGGAAUCUGCUACACCAUUUUUGACUUGGGCUUCCGCUUUGAUGUGGCAUGGUUCCUGACGGAGACUUCGCCCUUCAUGUGGUCCAACCUCGGCAUUGGCCUGGCUAUCUCCCUGUCUGUGGUUGGGGCAGCCUGGGGCAUCUAUAUUACCGGCUCCUCCAUCAUUGGGGGAGGGGUGAAGGCCCCCAGGAUCAAGACCAAGAACUUGGUCAGCAUCAUCUUCUGUGAGGCUGUGGCCAUCUAUGGCAUCAUCAUGGCAAUUGUCAUUAGCAACAUGGCUGAGCCUUUCAGUGCCACGGACCCUAAGGCCAUAGGCCAUCGGAACUACCAUGCAGGCUACUCCAUGUUUGGGGCUGGCCUCACCGUAGGCCUGUCUAACCUCUUCUGUGGAGUCUGUGUGGGCAUCGUGGGCAGUGGGGCUGCCCUGGCCGAUGCUCAGAACCCCAGCCUCUUUGUGAAGAUUCUCAUCGUGGAGAUCUUUGGCAGCGCCAUUGGCCUCUUUGGGGUCAUCGUCGCAAUUCUUCAGGUGCUGAAUCCCCUUGGGGAGCCGCUGCGUCCUUGUCCCCAACCUAGCCUCACUCUCCUUCUGGAGAAGCUGAAGCGCGCUCUCUACCUAUAACUAUAGAGUCCCCCAAACAGCUUCCACCUCCUCAUUUCCAUCUUCUGGUUUUCUCCUACGGGGGCUCUCUAUUUUUGGCUUUGAUUUGGUGUCACUGACAACAGCCCUGUUCCCCCCACCCCCAAUGCUUUGUAUCUGUAUAGCUCUCACUUAGUCUCUCCCUCUUUUUUUCAUUUCUGUUCUUUCAUGCUCUUCAUGUCUCUUGUCUGUAUUUGUGAUCUAGACUAGAAUGGGAUUUUGUCUGUUUAUAUCAGUCUGUCAUGGUGUGUUUGACCGUCUCUUGGAGCUAUGUGUAUCUCUGUGAGAUGCCUGUCAGUAGGACAGCAUUGUCUAAAUUGUGUGUGUCUAGUCUGAAAGUGUAAGUUUGUGACUAAGGAUCAGCUUGAGGGUCUGAGUGUGACUGUGGCUGCUUGACUGGGUUGACUCUUAGUGACUACCUUUAUCCAUACGUCACUUCUCUCCAUCUGUCUGUCCCACAGCCUAACUCUGUGGUUGUCUGUCAUAGUGUGUCCCUCAUGGUUAGUCAUACAUCUCUUGUGAUCUGUCCAUCCAACCAUGUGCUAGGUCUAAAUCUGUCAUUUGUCACUGCCUUACCUAUUCCUCUGUCCCCGCCUGAUUUCUCCUCUUCUUCU